UUCCGUUUGUGGCUUGGCUUGGCAGAUUUCUUUGAUUGAUUUGACACUUGAUUUCCCAAAGCCAAUCUAUCUUCGUUCCGCCAUUUCGGAAAGCGUGUCUUCGUGUUUGACACCCAACCCGCUAUUUAUGGGUUAAGAAUUGUAAUAUCAUCUGCAAUAAAAUUAUGGGCGAUCCUUACGCCUCUGGCGAUUAUGCCAGCGCCGGCUACUCCCAGCCUCCGUAUUCAAUGCCACCUCCACAGUUAGCAUCUGGAGACAAUAAUUAUGGGUCUUCUCAAGGAAGUUAUGGUCAAAGUAAUUAUUCAGGCCAAAAUAAUGCACAAGAAUGGAAUCAACAGAGUACUGGAAAUGGCUCCUAUGGCAGCGCCCCGUCUUCAGGAAACAAUUAUAGUCAGAAUUAUGGCUCCAAUUAUGGAAGUGGGGGAGGUUAUGAACGUACUGACAGCAGUAGCAACUAUAAUGUAAGCAGUGGAGGUGACCGUGGUAGCAGUGGCUAUGGUGGGAACAGCCGUGGAGGUUCUGAUUAUGGCAGUGAUCGUGGGGGAUCCAACUAUGGCAGUGAUCGAGGAGGAUCAAACUAUGGGAGUGACCGGGGAGGUUCCAACUAUGGAGGUGACCGGGGAGGCUCUAACUAUGGAGGUGACCGUGGUGGCUCCUAUGGGGGAGAUCGAGGUGGCUACAAUAGAGAUGGUGGGAACAGAGAUGGAGGAUACAGUGGCGGCGGCAGGGGGGGUGGUUUUAAUAAAGGUGGCGGCGGCGGUUAUGGAGGAGAUCGUGGUGGGGGCGGGGGUGGGGGUGACAUGGUAACACAAGAAGAUACAAUUUUCAUUCAAGGAAUGAACCCAGGUACAACUGAAGAUGAGUUGUGCCAACACUUUGGGUCCAUCGGUAUUAUCAAGACUGACAAAAAGACGCAAAGGCCAAAAGUUUGGAUGUAUAAAGAUAAAUCAACGGGUCAGCCCAAAGGAGAGGCUACCGUGACCUACGAGGACUCUAAUGCCGCCAGCUCUGCCAUUCAGUGGUUUGACGGGAAAGAUUUCAAUGGAUCCACUAUCAAAGUUUCCCUCGCGCAGCGGCAAAAUACGUGGGGAGGAGGUAAAGGAGGCGGUGGCGGGGGAGGAUUUCGCGGGGGUCGCGGCGGCGGCGGCGGUCGGGGAGGAGGCGGCGGUGGCGGUCGCGGUGGUGGUGGGGGAGGAGGCGGAGGAGGACCGCCCUCCGGCAACCGUGAGGGUGAUUGGCGUUGCCCCAACCCCAGCUGUGGGAACACUAACUUCUCUUGGAGAAAAGCCUGCAAUAGAUGCAAUGAAGAGAAGCCUGGCGGCGGUGGUGGUGGUGGCGGCGGCGGCGGCCCGCCUGACCGUGGCGGCCGAGGCGGCGGUGGCGGACGCGGCGGGGGUCGCGGAGGCGGGGGUCGUGGCGGCGGCGGCUGGGGCGGCCGUGGCGACCGCGGCGGCGAUCGUGGCGGCGACCGCAGCGGAGACAGGCGCGGGUUCGGCGGCGGCGGCGGCGGCGAUCGCAGCGGCGGCGGGGCUAUGCGCAGUGAUGGGGGCCGAGACCGGCAGAGACCAUAUUAAAUAGUUUAACUUUUACCUUAGUCAAAUGAAACUAUGACUGACUUAAGGUUAAUAAAAUGGUUUUGAAAAUUUUAUUUCCUUUUUAUAGUCUCUCAAUCAAAAACUGUAAAGUUUCAUACUAAUAUAAAUUAGGCUACGCAUUUUAUGUUAAGUGACUGAGGUUUAAUAAAUAUCUGAGUAAAAGUU